UCUGUGGCUGGAACCAUAUAUGUAACGAAUCUAGUUCAGCUGCGCCAUAUUGCUCAUCGACCGUCUUGGAUCAGGUGGUGUAGUGAAUUUAAGGCAGUAUUUGGUAGUUUCAAUUUAGUCCUCAGUUGUGUCUUCAAAGUUGUUCGAGUUGCAAUCGAUAGCGAAGUCUGGAGCUAGCUCCACCUUCAUCAUGGCCCGAGCCGCUUUCUGUCUGUCGAUUGCGUUUCUAUUUUUAGCAAGUGUAAUUCCGUCAGAAGCUCAAAACACGGAGGCGGCCGCGCCCACCGAGCCCGCCACGGCCGCCGCGCCCGCCGCGUCCGCCGAGGCAGCCGCCGACGCGCCCGAGCUGCUGUUCGACGUGCGCGGCAACAUCACGCUGCUGUGCCCGCUCGUCAGCGACAAGAACCUCGACUACGAGUGGCGCAAGAACGGCACGGAGCUGUCGCAGGUGUGGGAGCUGGCGGGCCGCUACUCGCUGGAGCGCGGCGGCGCCGAGUUCCACGUGGCGCGCGCGCUGGAGGACGACUUCGGCACGUACGCGUGCGCGCUGGCGGGCGAGUCGCGGCGCUGGGCCGUGCGCGGCCGCCCGCACGUGAAGCUGCCCGCCAACGCCAACGUGGUGGAGGGGCAGAAGCUGAAGCUCACGUGCAAGGUGGUGGGCAAGCCGCACCCGCGCGUGAGCUGGUCCUACUCCAACAGCAGCGACGGCGAGUUCGCGCCGCUGGGCGACGGCGCGGCGCUGGGCGACGGCGCGGCGCUGGCCGACAGCGAGGCGGGCGUGCCCGACGGCGUGCUGCUGCUGGCGGCGGCGGCGCGGCGCCACGCCGGCCGCUACCGCUGCAGCGCGCCCGCCGCGCCCGCGCCCGCCACGGCCACGCUGCGCGUCAAGGACAUGUACGCCGCGCUCUGGCCCUUCCUCGGCAUCUGCGCCGAGGUGCUGGUGCUGUGCGCCGCCAUCCUGCUGUACGAGCGCCGCCGCACCAAGCCCGACCUCGACGACUCCGACGACAACCACGACCAGAAGAAGUCGUAGGCGCCGCCGCCGCCGCCGCGCCGCCGGGCCGUCGCGCUCGUCGGCUCGAAUUGCACCGCAACACAAUUCUUUCGUAGUAUAGCAACUUUAUGUAUAUAUUCUUUACUUUAACCUCGUUUCAUUGUUUUCUCCCGCUUAUAUGUAUUGUGAAUCGCGCGCGAACCGCUAUCGGGAGCCGCAUGUUAGCGUAGUACUUAAGUGUUAAUAUUAUAACAUAACCACUUUAAAUAUAAUAUCGAUUGUAAAAACUAUUAUUUGUAACAUAACUAAAAUACCUGAUGCUGUAAUAUUUCAAGUCGAGGCGUCCUUUCCGUUGUUCGAGAGCGCGGCGCGCGGGCGAGCGCAUGCGUCGCCACCACUUUCAGUAUCCUCAGCACGAGAUGACGCUACGGGUUAGCUUUUGAUAUCAAAGCCUAACGCUCCUAGUGAGUUCGUUCAGCCAGGUUCGAUUCCUGCGACAGAUGUGUUUUCACCAUCGAAUUAACAAGAACGGGCAUCGCGUUGCAGCUGCCGAGCGGUCUCGUCUCGUCUCGGAACACUCUGUCUCAGUGAAGAUGCAUUUUCGGCACCUGACCCCACCUGGCGCAUCAUUACCCUCCAUUUGCGAAUUUGUUUCUGGUGCCGUCUGCACAGCGCAAGCUGAGAAGGUCGACGAAGCCUAUUUUUCCAAAUGUAAUAAAAUCCUAUUUCCCAGUUCGCUAGUGUUACAUUUCCGAGUGUAACACUAGCGAACUUCGUCUUCGCCUUCCAUUUUGUGACAUGUGUUUAUAAAUUGAUUUAACUGAUCAAUAAAUUAUUAUACUGUUA